UACUCGUAUGCAUAUUCGGGAUAAGAUAAAACUGCACACUUGCACAACUUCACACCGGCUCAACACGCACAUACGCAGCUGUAACGAUUCUAAUCGAAAAGCACGCGAGCGCGAGGCACAUACGAGGCACUCAGGCACGAGCAGACACGAGCACAAGGCAAACGCAUGGGAAAAUUUGCGAUAGAGUCACAACUGACAUCUCUGCGUCAAUUACUCACAAUGUGGCGCACGAUCAUCUUCGUAAUUUCUGUUGCAGUGACAAUUGCGCCAACGAAUAGCUGUAUCGAAAGACGCCGAUCAAAAGAAAAUGGAGAUGAUGAUGGAUAUUAUUGCGUCUGCAAUGCGGUAUAUUGCGACGAAGCUCCAAACGCGAUUAAGCCAUUCAAUCCUGCCGAAUAUGUCCUGAUAACAUCGAGCAAAAGUGGUCUAUUUUUUAAUGUAUCAAAUGGCGUAUAUGAAAAUGUUGAGGAGACUGACCAAGAAACUGUAAAAUCAUCUCCGCUGGGAAAGAUCACUAUAAAUCGAACGGAUGUAUAUCAAACAAUUCUUGGAUUUGGUGGAGCUGUGACCGAUUCAGUAGCUAUAAAUAUUCACGAUCUAACGCAUGAGACAUCUGACCACUUAAUGAGAAGCUACUUUGGCCCACGUGGUAUCAAUUACCAUUUUAUCAGAACACCAAUGGGUGGCUCGGAUUUUUCAACGAGACCUUACACCUACGCGAUGGUAGAGAACGACACUUCGCUUCACUACUUCGAAUUACAGACAGAGGAUUAUGUUUACAAGAUACCGACAAUAAAGCGAGCUCAAGAAUUAAACAAUGGAAAAAUUAAAUUAUUAACUCUACCCUGGAGCGCCAGUCCUUGGAUGAAAACUAAAAACUCUUGGACGAAUAAUUGUAAAUUACGUCCGGAAUAUCGACAAGUGUGGGCAGAUUAUUUCGUGAAAUAUUUUGAGGCUUAUCGUCGUAACGGUUUAGAAUUCUGGGGUACAACAUGCCAGAAUGAACCAGAAAAUCACAAGUAUAUUCCGUUUGCUCAUACUAAUGGGAUGGCGUUGACAGCAGAGGAAGAGCGUGAUUGGAUUAUAGAACACUUGGCGCCAACUCUGAAGAAGAACGGUUUCGAGCACAUCAAGAUCUUUAUAUUGGAUGAUAGCAGGCUGUCGCUUCCUGAUUGGACAAAAACGGUAUUUCAAGACCAGAAAGCAAGAGAUAUUAUUUCGGGAACCGCGAUCCACUUUUAUCUCGAUGAUUUAAUCGGCCCAAGUGUCUUGGAUGAAAUAAAACAGCUUUUUCCAGAGAAGUUACUGAUGUACACAGAAGCUUGCGCUGCAGCUUUCGAAGAAAAAGACAAAAGCGUAAUGCUGGGUUCGUGGAAACGAGGUGAGUUGUACGCAAUAAAUAUCAUUGAGAGUAUGUCGCAUUGGGUGUCCACUUGGAUCGACUGGAACAUUGCUUUAAAUACGAAUGGUGGACCUAACUAUGCCGGAAAUAACGUUGAUUCUCCGAUACUAGUCAACAGCACUGCCGAUGAAUUCUACAAGCAACCGAUGUUCUAUGCUCUUGGACAUUUUUCAAAGUAUGUCCCACCUAACAGCGUGAGAAUCGGUACAACAUCGGAGAAUACUGAGGGAAUUCAAAAUAUUGCGUUUUCUACGCCUGACGGCGGCGUCGUAUUAGUGAUUUUAAAUCUAAACGAAGAAGAGAAAGAAAUUCUGAUCAUUGAUCCGAAGAAAGGAACAACAAGGAUAAAUGUCCUUGGAAAGUCCAUAAAUACCAUGAAAUACUGGUAGAUAUGUAGCGAAAAUACAAAAUCCGCCGUAUAAUGUGUCGAUAAGUAUACACGGCACGUGUAAGAUGUUAACACUUCAAUCAUUUUAGUUUUUUAAACUUCAUUGUCACAAUAUAUCUUGCUGAAGUAUAUAUGGCGAGUUUAAUCUAUUUUAAGAAGAAUCAUUAAGUGUGUGUGUGUCAUGAAAUAAUUUAGUUA